GUUCUUCUGUCUCUCUUCUUCUCUUUCUUCCUCUUCCUCGUCUAUCUUCCUUCUCUUCUCCUUCUCUUCGUAUUUCCUCACUGUCCCUUUCUUAAUGGGAAUGCUUCACUUUUUUAAGAGAAUAUGGGAAACAGAAAAUAUCUCGGUGGACCGCCAAAUGGAUAGCAAUAAUACUAAUUAUUAUAGUGAAUCUUUGCCAGGCGCACAAUGAAACACAACGGUUGGUGACUUGAGAGGGGCAAUUUCUCCUAAACUGGAGCCAGUCACAAGCAGGAAUAUGGCAUCGACAGCAUGAGCGCAAAAUAAGUAAUUCCUGAGCCCAAUUUGCGGAUCCUUCCUCUCUAUCGGGGUUGCUGAUUAGUGAAUGCAUAACCGAGAGACAACUUCACUAAAAAAAUUCAAGCAAAAACCACGGCCAACGUGGAGAAUCAGUCGACGCAGCAGAGAGCGAGGAUCGCUGCAUCAUCGUCAUCGCCUGCAUCACUUUUCACCAGAGCAGCCAGAUGAGGAUAAUCAGGAUUAUAGAACCUUCGAUGGUUCUGGCCAAGUUCCUUCUUACAAAAAAGGAACGAUUCAUCGGCGGGUAAUGGAGAUCCACCCAUCCCCGUUGAACCGUGGUUUAUUUUCUUUUUUAUUUUCUUUUUCUUUUCGCGAGAGACGAAGCUUUGAAAAGGAAGAAGAAGAACUGUCCUUACCUGUUGUUUACUUAAUGCCUUUUCCGGGCCAGCCAAGCGCUUGUCCUAUUUCACUCCUGGGUAGAAGAAAAAGCAAAGAUAGACGGCGACGGGAGUCAAACGAUGCAGCAAAACGAAAACAGUCCACAGAGAGAGAAGAACAAAAAGAAAAAAAGAAAAAAAAACUUAACACAAAAUAGAACUGUGUGCACUGUGCAACAGGGGAAUCGCGAACUGCAACCAGGAGUUCCAGACAGCCCGCUGCGGUGAAUUGACAGCCAGUUAGAUAAAUCUGCCGGUUGAUUAUUCUCCAAGAGCAAGU